AUGCCCCGUGCCUUCUUGGUCAGGAGUCGGCGUCCGCAGCCCCCCAACUGGGGCCAUCUGCCUGACCAGCUCCGGGGAGACGCCUAUGUCCCAGGUGGGCCCUCCCCCACUGCGCCUGGAAGUGAGGGGCAGGGGAGACAAAGCAUCACCCUCUGGCUUCUCUCCUCAGACUGCAGCAGCCUUGGGGGCUCACCGGCACCCCAAUCUUCUGGCUACAGGGACUCUUGGGUGGCGCCCCCGCAGGGCACGCUGGCCACUCCUCCCAGAGGCCCUGGGACUCUGUGCUGCCCACUCUGUCCCAAGGCUUUCCCGCUGCAGCGCAUGCUGACCCGGCACCUCAAGUGCCACAGCCCCGCUCGCCGCCACGUGUGUCGUUGCUGCGGCAAAGGCUUUCACGAUGCUUUCGACCUCAAGCGCCACAUGAGGACUCACACCGGGAUCCGGCCCUUCCGCUGCGGAGCUUGCGGAAAAGCAUUUACACAGCGCUGCUCGCUGGAAGCGCAUCUUGCCAAGGUGCAUGGGCAGCCAGCCAGCUAUGCUUAUCGGGAGCGGCGAGAGAAGCUGCAUGUAUGUGAAGACUGCGGCUUCACCAGCGCCAGGCCCGAAGCCUACGCACAGCACCGGGCCUUGCACCGCGCCUCCUGAGACUGUGCUCCCUGAGUACUACCCGUGAGGCAAAUAAACAGAGGA